GGCGCGUCGACUUCCUCAACCUCAUCAAGGUCAGCAGGGUAGAGUUUAUUUAGUCCAUAACCUCAUGAAUUUGUCCCCGUGAACGGCAUCGAGACGUCGGUUACGGACCGCCCUGUCAUUCCAUUCUAAAGAUUGCUUCGAGAAUUGUUCGCGUUGACAGUAUAAAGCAUCGAAAGCAUGCUCGCCGAGUGGUUUCAGACCUUCCUCCGGUUUUGGUGGACGCUUGACACCUGGCAUACAGUGACGAUGAAAUUGGGUCUGGGUGCCUUUGCUGCUCUCCUUGGAGGCGCGGCAAUCGUGCAGGCUCAAUGUCCAGACUACACCACAUUCUCUCAGGUCCCGCAAGGAAACAAGUCUUCUGGCCCUCUGGCUUUGCCAUACAUGAGACCAGCUCCUGCAUGUCGUACUUUCAACAGCUCAGCGGUUGAGAAAGUCAUCGAUGACAUGAAAGCUCGUUUGAAAGACCCAGACCUUGCUAGGCUGUUCGAAAAUACCUUCCCGAAUACACUUGAUACGACAGUGAAAUAUUUCGAUGAGAACGAGAACCUUGCGUUUAUUAUCACGGGCGAUAUUACUGCACAAUGGCUGAGAGACACAGCCAAUCAGUUCGCGCAUUAUCAUUCGCUUUUGUCUAUAGACAAAGGACUCGCAACGCUUGUCAAAGCCGUUAUCAACAAUGAGGCUCGUUACGUUUCACAGUAUCCGUAUUGCGGCGCGUUCCAACCGCCGCCAGAGAGCGGUUUGCCUACCUCGCACAACGACUGGGCAGACGGCGUACUGGUUCAUCCUCCCGUGGAUAACCGUAUUGUAUUCGAGUGCAAGUAUGAAAUCGACUCUCUUUGCGGCUUCUUGAAAUUGUCAAGGUCCUAUUAUCAAGCUACUAAGGAUGCUUCAUUUAUGAACGACAAUUGGCACACUGCAAUCAACCAGAUCUUCCGUGUAAUUGACGAACAAUCCCAAGCGACGUUUGACGAUGAUUUCAAUCUCGUCUCGUUUUACAAUUGGACCGGAGGGAAUGGUGCACUGUCACCUGCUGUCCCAAAUGGCGGCAAUGGCGAGCCCAAGGCAUAUACCGGUCUUGUUGGAACACAUCACCGACCUUCCGAUGACAUCAGUGUGUUCGCAUUCCUGACCCCAGCAAAUGCAAUGCUCAGUGUCGAACUAUCGAACUUGGCAAACAUCCUAGACUCUGCUCAACAGUUGAAGAAUGUCAGCCAACUUGCUAGACAGUAUAGCACGCGUAUUCAUAACGCUAUUUGGAACACUACUUUGGUCAAUAACAUAUUUGCAUAUGAGACAAAUGGCUUUGGAGGUAGAUAUGUAAUGGAUGAUGCCAACGUGCCUUCCCUGCUGUCUCUACCCUAUCUCGGGUUCUUGGACAAAUCUCACCCAGCGUACGUCGCAACUCGGAAAGUACUUUUGUCUCGCAACAACCCCUAUUUUGCUGCUGGAAAGGCAUUUAACGGCAUAGGUGGACCGCACGUUGAUGCAUGGCACCCAUGGCCUAUGUCGCAUAUAUCUGCCAUCUUUGGCACGGAUGAUGACCAAGAGAUCCUCAAUUCACUGUAUUUGAUAGCGAACAAUACGAACGGUCUAGGACUGAUUCAUGAAUCUGUGUCUAUCUAUAACCCAUCCGAUUACACUCGCCCUUGGUUCGCUUGGGCGAACAGCUACUUUGCGGAAAUGCUGUUGGAUUUGGGGAGCAGGAAACCCCAUUUGAUCUUCAACGAUGGCAAACCUUACGUUCCAGGGCGCUGAAUCUGGCACAUGACGGCGAUGUGCUUGGUUAUGAUCACGUCUUCAGAGUAGACAAAUCGUUCUGUAAAUUUUCUGAAUUGUGGACGUGGUAGACGAACACACCCAUCAUUCACUUUGCGGUCUUGAAGAUCACCUAUUUUGACUGAACUUGUACAUUUUGAAUUUGAAUUCUGGAGCUUGCAACAAUGAGAGAGCGCCUAAUGUUU